AGCCAACUGGAGCGAGCCUGUGCUCGGUCAACUCCUCAUCCCUUUUCGCGGCUCGCUGCCGCAGUUCAUUGCAUCUAGAAAAUUACGACCAAUCCAGCCAGGUACCCCGAUUCCGGCCAGUCGAGGCCAGUUUUCCGUUGCGGCAAAUUGUUCAGCUCAGUACGUUCAUUGGACCUAGCAUCUUACGGCCAGGGAAGCUUAGAAGAUUCCAGCCAGCGUCACCGGACUGUGAAUUCCGGUCGUAUUUUUAUAAAGUUCGGAUUUUGGACCACUGUUGCCGAUCGCCCGAGUAAAUUCCGACCUUUUCCCACUGUACCGCCAGAUAAAUUGUUGCUGUUGGCGUCAUAUUAUUCUGUCCAUCGUUGCUUGUCCUUCCCUAGUAAGCGUAUCACUUUCACCUCUCCAAGAAUGGAACGGCUCCAAAAAAAACUUGAUGCCGGAAGCUUUAAAAAAUUAACGGAUAAUCUGGUGAACAAUGUUUCACUUUGGGAUAUGGACGAUGAUGACUUGAAGGAAAUCGGUAUCAUCGAAAAAGGUCCUCGCAAAAUAAUCCUUCGAUUCAUAGAGCGUCAUGCUGGUAGUAGUGAUAAUUUGGACAACACAGCUGAAAAUGAACCAGAAGUAUCUAUUCGUGAAUUUGAGGAACAACACCAACAAAAGUCUGUGCGAUCUGUCCUGGAGAGUAAUACCAAAUUCCAUAUGACUUUAACCCGGCAGUUAGAUUACGGUGUAAUUCCCGAUGUAAAGAAAUUACGCCUGAUGAACCGAAUUCUAACUGAGCAUUAUUUUUCCGAACAAAUGCUGAAACAGAACAGAUAUCCUACCUGGCAAGAGAAGCAGCAAUUGGCCUGUCGUAUUAUUGAACAAUUUCCUCAUCUAGCUGCCACACGGAUCACUGAAGAUGCGCCACAUGAGUCUUAUUUCUUUUGGCGUCAUGGUGGGCUUGAGCAUGGAGCUCAUACUGGAUUGAUUGAAACUCGUGUUAGUAAUAUGAGAAAAGACGUAUUACCGGAAAACAGACAAUUCCGAAGAUCGAAAAAGGAAAAGCUUUUUGUCGACGAUGAAGUGAAUCAAGUGGCGGCCCAUCUUUCUGCACUCUUGCCAACAUCAACGAAUGCGCGGCAAAUAUCAGAAGGCAUGACAUUAACCUUCGUUUUACACAAAUCAUUACUGCAUGGAGAAGCAGGCAAUAAAUGCGAUGCGAUCGUUGAAAAAUUUCCACAUCUAUUAGCUUAUGAUGGAGAAAUGAUAAUACAAGCGUUCCAGAGAAUUCAUCAGAACUCCGGCACUCAUCAUCUAAAGGUACUGCUUCGAACGGGAUUAUUGUUGGACGAGAGCAUUUGGAACGACGUGGAAGACGAAUACAUCCGAGGAGCAUUGCGCCUUAUGAAAAGCUGUCCAAUCGAGGCAUCAAAAGGCAAUGUAAUAUGCAGAACCUAAGUACGGAUGAAAUGUUCGCUUUGCCCUUAGUGAGAUGGGCCAGUUUCCUUCGCAACGAAGAAGUCGGAUACAACGAGCUUUUGGCGGUUAAGCAAGCAGCAAUGACAUCUCCCAUCGAACCGCACAUCAUCUGUGUAGGAGACCGUUACAAACGCGGUAAUUUCUACAUCAUUUUUAAUAAGCAUGUGGCGCCAUGCGGUACGUCGAGCCUGCGGGCUAGUGAAACUCUCUUCAAAUCGUUCCACGUGUUCGCCUUGGAAGUUCCAGUAUUGCUGAGAAAGCUAAAUGACUUGGUGGCCAUAAAUGUAUUCAACAUUAUGCAAAGCAGUACGAAGGCAUCAGUUAAUCUGUUGUCGGCGAAAUACCGAGAAUUCUCCAUAAACCUUGCGGAGGAAUAAGAUAAAGUUUUGAGGCUCCCACAGACCUAAGCGAUUUCAUCGUCGCGACGGCGACAACUAGUCGCCGCGAUUCUACCGUUGGGUCGCUGCAGGCUAUUUUCCAUUUGCGCUUCCAUAUCGACGGCGACAGGAUCGCUGUCUCCAUGCAUUAGAAUCGCGGCGUGAUUGUCGCAUCGUAUGUGUUUGGGGGAACCUUUAUU